GGUUCCUCCCCCUCGCCAUGGCCGCAGCUCCUGCACCCUUUGCCCCGGCCACUGCGGCUCAGCCCCGAGCCUGAUCCGCGCGGGCACCCACGAGCACCCGGAGAAUCCCGCGGAGCUGGAAAGCGGCUGCGAGAGGACCGGAAGAGACCCUCCCCCGGACCUGAACUUGGCCGGGGGCAGAGGAAUCACAGGACGUGCAGAGGUUUGCCGUGCUAUGGUGAAGCUAAAGACAAGAGCCAAAUCAAUUUUUGCAGUUACUUUCUUUUGAGAGAAGUACAUUACCUGCCUUAUUCGGUAUGGCUAAGAGUGCCGAAGUUAAGUUGGCAGUGUUUGGCCGAGCAGGUGUGGGGAAAUCAGCUCUGGUAGUAAGAUUUCUGACCAAACGGUUCAUCUGGGAAUAUGACCCAACCCUCGAAUCAACUUAUCGGCAUCAAGCAACGAUUGAUGAUGAAGUUCUUUCCGUGGACAUACUAGACACAGCUGGUCAGGAGGAUGCUAUUCAGAGGGAAGGACAUGUGAGAUGGGGAGAAGGUUUUGUGCUGGUCUAUGACAUUACUGACCGGGGAAGCUUUGAGGAUGUGCUCCCACUUAAGAACUUGCUGGAUGAGAUCAAAAAGCCUAAGAAUGUGACUCUGAUCUUAGUGGGAAACAAAGCUGACCUAGACCAUUCUAGACAAGUUAGUACCGAAGAAGGAGAGAAGCUGGCUACUGAUCUGGCCUGUGCAUUUUAUGAGUGUUCUGCUUGCACCGGAGAAGGGAAUAUCACAGAGGUUUUCUAUGAGCUGUGCCGGGAGGUCCGGCGUCGGAAGAUGGUCCAGGGCAAGACAAGGAGGCGAAGCUCUACCACACAUGUCAAGCAGGCAAUUAACAAGAUGCUCACCAAAAUCAGCAGUUAAAGGGCUAUGUUUCCUGGGGAAUCCAUGCUACAACAGGGUUGGCUAUUUGAAAAUGCAAACCAAAUGGCCAAAUGGUUGUUUCUCUCUCUUUCUCUCUUAUUUCCAUCACCCCCCCCCCCCUUGCCUAUUCUUCCCCCUCUGAAAAAAAGAAAAAAAAAAAGAUAAAAGAAAAUGCACUAUCACCUCUUUUGGCAAAGGGGGAAUUCUGUCCCCUAGGUUCAUAUACUUCAGUUAUUACAGUAUGUUUAUGCUUAUAAGGUUUUCAGCUUUUCUCUUUGCAUAUAGUACAUUCAGAGAGACAUCACCUUGUUUUAGGAUAUGGCCAGUAUGAAUAGGAUUGUGUGUCUUUCAGAAAUUCAUAUCAAAUUAGGACAAUUCUAGGACUGGAGUCCAUUCAAAAGUAUCUCUUCCAUUUCCACAGUAGAAUUUGAUUUCCAUUUGUAGAAUGGGUUCUAUUGUCACCUGAUUGGCUCAAGAUCUUUUUCCAUGGAUAUAUUGUAUGAACAGCUGUGUAAUGAUCAAAAUGAAUAAAAUAAUGCCAGGUCAGGGGACAUUUCUCAGCUCUUUUUUCCUGCACCCAAAAUAGGGAUAAAAUGUACUGUAACUGAAAACCUAUCAGACCCUUCUUUAUUGAUGCACUACCCCCAAAAUGUUUUUUCCUAUUCUCUUGUUCCCACCUCAUUAAAUUAAAAGUUUAGAAUAACUGAUGUUAGAAAGUACUGUUCUUCACAUCCUAAAUUUGUCCUCAUUCUACUUACUUGGAAAUAUGCAGCUAAUUGACAUUCACAGUAAACAUCCAUUGCCUCAUAGGAAAAACAAAAAUUACCCUGAAUAUGACACUGGAGUACUCUUUCUUUUGAAGAUUACUAUGCAAAUAAAUUAUUUUUUAAAAUAUGGCAAGGGAUAUCUGUAGUGGCUGUGGGGUUACACGGCAUGGCAAAUUUGGGACAAUAUAGAUAGACAGAAAGUAUAGAUAAUAAAAUUAAAAGUACUUGAGGGCCCAGAUUAGCUAAAUUGACUAUCUAAAAUUCCGAAUGAUUCCCAAUUAAACCGAAUCUGAUAUAUCUUUCACUUUAAAUAUCUUUGAGACUUUGCAAGUCAGAAAUUUUGUGAUCGUUUAUUUCCAAACUAUGAUAUUUGCAAGAAUUAUAAAGUAUACAAAACCUUGGAAAUGGUAGUAGUUCCUUAUACAUUUUUACAAGUAGUAUGCCAGUAAAGCCAUCCUCUGACAUGUACAUCAUCGUCUAAGCUGUGGGUUCUCAAAGUUAUUGCCUACAGAGUGUAAGCUGUCAGGUUCUCCCAAGCUAGAGAGAAGUCUUAUACUGGGCAGAUGGUAGAUUUUCUCCCAAGGUGUGGUCUAAUUAAAUUCAGAGAAGCCCAUCCUCAAAAGUUGAUGACUAAUUUUUUGGCUAUGGCAAAUCAUGAAAGCAUAUUUUGAGAUGUAGAGGGGCUGAGGGGUAUUGAAGUAUGCCUGAGCAUAUAUAAAAAGGAAUUUUCACAUAGGUAAGUUAGUGAUUAUCAAUGUCUGUAUGAGGAUUAAUGGUUUAGAAAGCAAU